ACUCCGCUAUGGGAUCCCGAAUCCGCUGUGGGAUCCUGACUGCGCUGUGGGAUCCCGGCUCCGCUGCGGGCUCCCGGCUCCGUGGGCGGGACGCGGCGCGGCCCCGCCCGGCGCAGCGUGGCCAUGGCUAUGGCGGCGGCCCGCGGGGCCCUGGCGGGGAUCCUGCGGCGCUGGGCCCCCCGCGCGCUCCCGCUCGGCCGCCCCUCCGCCCGGUGCGUGCGGCACGGAGCGGCCCCGGCCCCGCUCUGGGCCCCGCGGCUGCUCGGCGAGAACCGGCCCCGGGCAGGGACCCCCUCGGUGCUCAGCAGUGUCACACCUCUGCUUCCAAGUUUACUCCAGCAGCCAGCAAGGAGCCUCACCUACUGCAGCCUGCGGAAAGGAAAGAGGAAAAGUGUGAAAUCCGUGGUCAAAAGGUUCCUCCGGCUGCACAACGGCCUCUGGGUCAGGAGAAAGGCUGGUUAUAAGAAGAGGCUGUGGAAGAAGUCAGCUGCCCAGAAGAAGCGUUUGAGGGAGUUGGUGUUGUGCACGAGGACACAGUGUAAGCUCCUGGAUAAAAUGACCACUUCCUUCUGGAAAAGAAGGAACUGGUACGUUGAUGACCCCUUCCAGAAGUACCACGACCGCACGAACCUCCGAGUGUAGAAAUCUUGGGUUUGCCCAUCUCUGGGAAAGGGGCAGUGGUCGUGUGGCACGGUCUGGGGUUUGGAACAUACACCUGUACUUUUUCAAAUGAACAUGUGCAUAUCAUCUGAGCAGAAUUAUGGGAAUCAAUGCCCACAAUAAAGGAAUAUUCUAAUUUA